UUCGAGAAAUGAGUUCGCACUCUCAUGCGAGGACAUUGUGCACCGGAAACGCAAUCUCUGGCGCAUUCUCGGCGCUCCAUCUCCUGCGGAGUUACAGCCUAUUUGCUCCGAACUCAGAUCUGUGCAGAUACGAAGCAUAUCCAUCUCGAGAUUAUAGCUUCGUCGAGCCGGAUAUUCUAUCAAGUUCUGUGCCAACGGAUUCCUCAUCCUCACCGUUAACGUCUCCACCGUUAUCAGCGACGUUCUCGCUCCCAGGAACUUUGCUUCAACCACCCUUUCUAACAGCAAUGCCACCCUUGAUGCAAUCGCUGAGCGUGCCUCAAACCCUCUCGACUUCCUCCACAGGUGCUAUGAGCCGUCACUUCGUUACUACAAAUGGCAUAACUGCUCUUCAUAGAAGACCUAGAAGCGAGAAGAAACCAAUUCCGGACGAUCAGAAGGAUGAGAAAUAUUAUGAGAGACGUAAACGAAAUAAUCAGGCGGCGAAAAAAUCACGAGACGCCCGCAAAAUCAGGGAAGACCACAUUGCAUUAAGGGCGACGAUGUUGGAGCACGAGAAUGCAAUCUUAAAGGCGCAGAUAGUGACUCUUCGAGAGGAGGCACAAUCGUUACGGCACAUGUUGAUCAAGCAACGUACCCCAGCGAUACAAUCAAUCGAACGAUCGCUUUCGUCGAUGACACCUGUGACACUCUCUCCUCCGCACACCGCAAGCCUAGAUUGUUAAUUUCUGAAGAUUUCUUCGAAAAGCGUGUACGAAUAUACUUAAAUAUAGAAAACUCAAUCCAUGCAAUUUACACAGACACGUUCACAUAGUAACUUCUACAGCGAAAAGUUGCACAAAAGUUACAGCAACACUGCUGCAAUAUUACAUGUUGCAGCAAUGUUGCAAAGAUUUUGCAGUGAUAUUGCUGUAAAUUCUGUACUGUAUGGGAAAAAAU